AGAACAUCACAAACCUCUCAACGACCGACCUUGAAGAGACGAGCCGCAGCCAUGUCGUCGACCAAGAAGCCCUCCGGCAAGACUCAGCGCUCCGCCAUUGCGGAUGUCGUCGCCCGCGAGUACACCAUCCACAUGCACAAGCGACUCCAUGGUGUCACCUUCAAGAAGAGGGCUCCCAAGGCCAUCAAGGAGAUCAAGGCCUUUGCCACCAAGUCUAUGGGUACCUCCGAUGUUCGCAUCGACCCUCAGCUCAACAAGAAGGUCUGGGAGCAGGGUAUCAAGGGUGUCGACUACCGAAUCCGCGUGCGAAUUUCCCGACGACGAAACGACGAGGAGGGUGCCAAGGAGAAGCUGUACAGCUACGUCCAGGCCGUGAACGUCAAGGACCCCAAGGGCCUCCCCACGGUUGUUGUUGAGGAAUAAAUAUAAAAAUUUCUCUUGGGACAAGGUUCUAGGGUGGCAUGGCAUUUGGAGUUGUACUCGGCAUUCUGGCUUUCGACGCUGAAAAAUACACAGAGGGAAAAUGUGAUUAAAGCUUGAAGUCAACCCAAACGACAAUCGGUGCCUCGGCGUGAAGUGACUGGUCUCUGGUCAAAGGCUUUUUUUAUGAGGGCGAAAAAAAAUUUACGUUCUGACGUGGUGAACACUGGAUGUUAUGAACUGUCGAUUAGAGGGUCUGCUAUCGACAACGGUCUAUUUAUUUCUGACCCCAUCAAUGCCUCCCUCCCAUUGCUGUUUGUCCAGCUGUAGAAAUGCCAUGCAAUCGUGUAAUCCUAACAAGUCAUCAAACCAAAUUCCAUACACCUGCUACUCCUGUUCCCGUAUUCAAGUAUGAAAGCACC